AAAAUCCGAAAAUGCAAAUGGCGGAUUACGCAUCGAUGUCGCGUUACCCUUGAUUCUCAAUAGAAAUUGCAGUUUUUUAAUUAUAAUACUGAAAUAUUUGUGUAUUGCUGUGACUGUUGGUUUAUUCACCAGUGAUAAGUGUUUUUGUGUGUGCAGUUGUUGGUUACAAGCGUUAAAACACGAAGAAUUUGGUUAGCGUCACCUGACUGAACUUAUUGUCAUUUCCCGCCAUUGUGGUCUUGGCUAUUUUACAACUGUUUUUGCCGUGAAAUUUCUCUGUGUUUUUAAUGUUUUACUUGUAAAUUGGACUUGUUUAUUAAACUUGAGUGAUGUCAUUACACGGUAAUGACAUUUGUUUGCUAGAGGUGGAAGAUUAUAACUUGUACGAAGAAGAAGCAACCGAUCACGCUUUCAUUGGUGGUGACAAGAUCCUGCGAACUGGGGGCAAGACAAUGGAGGCAGAGAAGCGGAUCAGACGAGAGAUAGCCAACAGCAACGAGCGGCGCCGUAUGCAGAGUAUCAAUGCUGGUUUCCAAGCUCUGCGGACCCUAUUGCCAAGGCAUGAGGGCGAAAAACUUAGCAAGGCAGCUAUACUUCAACAAACAGCUGAAUACAUCUAUUCAUUGGAGCAAGAAAAGACAAGGCUGCUUUCUCAAAACUGUCAGCUGAAGAGACUUCUGAACCAACAUGAGGGUGGUGAGAUUCCACUGAAGAAGAGAAAAAGCGAGAUUCUGACACACGUGUCGACCAUCAUCCCCGACUCGACAGAGGAGGCUGGCGCGGGGCGGCGCUCGCCCGACCACAAGGAGGGCGAGGAGGUGCGCGCGUCGCUGGAGCGCGAGCGACGCCUGCGCCGCCUGCUGGAGCAGCAGGUGCGCGCCCUGCACGCGCAGCUGCGGCCGCGCGACCCCGCGCCCUCCCCGCCGCCGCCGCCGCCGCCGUCCGCCGACCUGCCCGCGCUGCCCGCCAAGCUGGAGCCCGAGUCCGAGCCCGAGCCGCCGCAGCCCGCCGAGGAGCCGGCCGCGGCGCCGCCCGCCCCCGCGCUGCCCGCCCUGCCCGUCGUGGUCGCGCCUGCGGAGCCCGCGCCGCUCGACGCCGCGCCGCUGCUGGAGGCCGCCAUCAAGGCGGAGCCGCGCGUGGAGGUGGAGCUGCUGCCCGAGACGCCGGCGCGCCUGUACCUGGCCAGCACGAGCCGGCAGAACCUCGAGACCAUCGUGGAGGCCAUCCGCCACCUGGAGGGCGACCACCUGUUCGGCGAGCCGGCGGGCGACGUGCCGCUCGCGCUCACCAAGAAGGCGCCGCCGCCGCCGCGGCCCGGCGUCAUCGUCGUCAAGCACUCGUGAUGUGCGGGCGCACCGCCGCCGACUAUAUCUCGAAUCUAGUAUUAGAAUUUUAGUUAUUUAAUUGUAUUUUCCAAAGUGACGAAUCGAUAAGUCUGCGCCUUUUAUAUUUUUGAUGUCGUCGCCUCGGCUCCGAGCGGACGGCCGCGCCGGGCCGCGUGCCGUGUCCCACGAUGUUAGGAAAUAUUCACAGGCUGACGGGAGUCAGGUGAUGGAAGAGUUGGAUGAGUAGCAAAAUCAGGCUUUGUGAUAAUUAAAUGUAAUAAUACUGCGAAUAAAUGUUAGAUAUGAUAAACCAUCAUGGAAGCAAUAAAGCUGAGAGUAUGGGUAGCGACGGCGACAGACAGCGCGCGCUGCCCAACGGUCCGCCUCGCGCUACUCUCGUUUCUUACAUUCGUAAAUGUAAUUUAAUUUAGUUUUUUGUUAAAUUGAACAUAAUUAAUUCUGACAUUAUGAUUUUCUUAAUAAUUCUUAUAUAGUUUUUGACAAAACGUUUUUAGUGUUCGCAUCUGAUUGAUGCCAAUCAGAUUUGUUAGCCAAGUGUUGGUUAGUCAGUUUCGGUCCCACCCAGUUAGUCUGCCGGGUAAUAUUUUAAGUAAGUCCCUGUCUGUAGGAGAUAAUUUGAUAUUAGUGAAUUAUGGUGACUGGAAAAUUAUAAAGCAUUCCAUGUUGUGAAAUCUUCCUCGAUUCUAAAUCUUAUUUGCAUAUUGAGAUAUUUUCUCAGGUCAAAUAUUCAAUAAAUGGAAAUUAAAUAGUGUAAUUUUGUAUUGCUUGUUUGCAAUAAUUGUUUGAUAUCGCUACUUAGGAUAUUUAUAAUGUAACCACCUUUAGGCACUUGUUCCAAACUCUUUUAAUUUCACAUAAUCGUAUUAGAUGAUAUCAAAAUUAACUAUAGGAUCAGAAUCUAUAAUAGACAAAUUUUGUCAAAAAUGUAAUAUGCUAAUCAUGUCAAUCUACAAGAUGGUGAAUGUGAACUGCGAUAAUGACCGGCUCUGGCCGCGUCCAAUGUUGUAUUGUGUCCCAGUGAUUCACUUGUCUGCUUUAAUAAUGCUGUAAAUUUUUGUUAAAAACAUAACAUGCAGUGCUUUUAUUAAAAUUCUACUAAUGUAAGUUAAUUUGUAAUUUUACUUUUUAAUUUGACUCGGUGACAGAGUGGACUUACAAACUUGUGUUUAUGAGAAAAUACUACAAUAAUAUUGUAAGUGCAGCAAAGUUACUGAGAGCAUAUGAAUUUUUAAGACUGAUCAUUUAUUCAUUUUAAGUUAUGCUAAGACCCAGUUUACUGUGAGUGUGAUAGUUGUGUGUUUGUGACUAGCGCCUCCGGGAGGCUCACGGGGAUCCCGCCAUCACCCACACGACAUAAUAAUAAUGCCAACCAUGUUAGUAUGCUAGUAGACUAAAGUUAAUGCGAUCAUAUGGGACCCCCCUGGGCUCUCGGAGGGAAGGCCUCGAGAGGUCCGAUGGUUAGUUCUACCGACGCUAUAUAAUAUACGGUACUGUUAACAAUGUUAUGCAUUUCCCCCUUCUGCUCUGUUCCUGAGUCCAUAGACCUAAGAAGUUGUCAAGCCUACCGCCUUUUACAUUAUGUCAUUCUAGGAUAAAACGUUUACUGUAUAAUAUUACGGUCUUGUUCGUACUAUUAGUAUAGUCAAAACUAGUAGUAAGAGAUUGUAAGUCAAAGAAAACAAGUUAAAUUGUUUAAGAUGUGUUAUUAUUUAUGUCGUAAAGUAUUAUAAUGGUUAUUUCUUAUUAAUUAGUUUGUAAUUGAUAUCCGCUGUACGGUUACGAUCGAGCUCAUUUCAUUGUAAUUGUAAGCUAAAACCAAUAAAACAUCCGUAAAUUAUGAGUAUGUGGUUGUGUGUGUGCGUAGCGGCGCCGCGAGCGGGCUGGCGGGUUGUCAAGACUGAUUGUAAUAAUGAAAUGUGGGAAUGAUGGAGCCUUAUUCUCAAAUAUACACUACGACACGUUUUACAUAUUUGUAGUUUCUUGAUGAAACAAUUGUAAAACGUGACAGUUUGAGUGUGCACCGUGUGUGUGAUGUGCAUGUGACGCAACUAACGUGCGUGUAUUUUAGAGAAUAGUGCCCCAAAGAUGGAGAUUGGCAUACAGUGCUUAUGUAUCUCUAGUCUAGUUUAGAAAUACAUAGUUUUAAGUGCACAUGUUCUGUGUAAGUUAAGUAAACACGGAUAUCUUUCUUAAGAAUUAUGUACUCCAUUUUGUAUUGUCCACAUGUUUUAUUGGUUUUAAGCACUGUCUAAUGUCAAUAUUUAAAUUUUCUACACUCUAUCACAUUUAUUUUUUUAAUUUUAUCACUGUCCUGUUCGGUGUCAUAGAAUUUAGUUUUUAAUUAUGUCAUAUUAGUAAAAUAAAAUAUUUUAAUGCAUUUAAAUAAAUAACACAUGUAAGUUUAGCCGAGCUCUGUGCUGGACCGAGUCGGCACUGGCUUCGCGACGGGAUGAACUCAAUAGUUGAUAAUUCUCCACACCACAUAUUCGCGCCUCACUCACCGAAAGAACUGAAAUGUCCCAUUUAAAUAAGCAAUAGUGUAAUUAGUGUUCAUUACGCCUAGAUAGGCUACAUAAAGGUACCUUCAUCCCUUCGCUAAGCAAGCCCACGUUCCUAUAGUGAUGUAAUAAUUUUAUCUACAUUUCAUAAUUAAGAUAAAGUGUAGAAAAUAAUGCAUUAUUGAUGUUUACUUUUUGAUAUGAAAUUGACAAAAUAUCUCCUCUGAUUUUAAUUGUACUACAUACUUACAUUUGAACUAUAUAACAAGUAUUUAUAAAAGAUUGA